CUUCAUCAUGUGAUCAAGAACUUCAGUCAGCCCUGGAGGAAGCUAAACAGCCCCAGAAAGACAAUGUGUUCAUUCCAGAGUGUGCUCAGGGUGGCCUUUACAAACCAGUGCAGUGCCAUCCUUCCACAGGCUACUGCUGGUGUGUUCUGGUGGAUACAGGACGUCCCAUCCCAGGUACAUCAACAAGGUACGAACAACCUAAGUGUGAUAAUGGUGCCAGAGCUCACCCAACCAAAACAAAGGAUUUGUACAAAGGGCGUCAGCUUCAAGGUUGCCCUGGGGCCAAGAAGAAUGAAUUCCUGACUAGUGUUUUGGAUGCGUUGUCCACGGAUAUGGUGCACGCAGUCUCUGAUCCAUCACUGUCUUCUAGCCGGGUUUCAGAGCCUGAUCCAAAUCAUACUCUGGAAGAGAGAGUGGUCCAUUGGUAUUUCAAACAACUAGAUAAAAAUUCCAGUGGCGACAUUGGCAAGAAAGAAAUCAAGCCAUUUAAGAGAUUCCUAAGAAAGAAAUCAAAACCCAAAAAAUGUGUGAAGAAGUUUGUGGAAUACUGUGAUGUGAACAACGAUAAGUCCUUGUCAGUUCAAGAAUUAAUGGGCUGCUUGGGAGUAACGAAAGAAGAAGCGGCCCCUAAAACCAACACGGAGAGCACUUCAUCCAGUAGGCAGCAAGUUUCUAAGAAGCAAGGGUGAACACCUUACUGAUCCAAGACAGAUCUCUGACAUGUGGGAGAUUUCCUCACCAAAAGGCAAUAAAAACAACUGUAGUAUUUGCACUUUGUACUUAAAAUGUAAAUUCACUUUGUAGAAAUGAAAUAUUUAAACAGACUUUUGUUUUUUAAUCUGUGAAAAUGUAAUGGCUAGUUUUGAAAAAUUAUCACAUACAAUGUAUGUGUAUUCUUUUGUUGUCUUAAAUAUGUAAAACGUGUUGGAGGUGUAAAAGUUUGCAUUUAAACCAUUUUUUAAAAGAUAGCUUUUUGGCAAAGAGUAGCACAGAAACCUGAUUCUAUGUAUUUUGGUUUCAAUAGUAUGCCUUGUUUUUCUUAGUCAAUACUGUCAUUUGAGU